AUGUUGUCCCAAGUCGCACUCCUCUCCCUCGUCGCCAGCAUGGCAGCUGCGCAGACCCUUAACAUCCCCACUCGCUCCGGCAGCAUCGUCUCACUCCCCCAGCCCAGCACCAUCACCGGCAGCGUCAACUUCGGUAACAAGGAGUUCGACCGCGGUCGGCCUUGCAACUCAGAUGAGGACACUGGCAGCGACAGCGCUGUCUUCAUCCUCCAGAACGGCGCGUCCAUCUCCAACGUCAUCAUUGGUGCGAAUGCGCUCGAGGGCGUGCACUGCUUGGGCUCCUGCACCCUAACAAACGUCUGGUUCCGCGACGUCUGCGAAGACGCCAUCUCCAUUCUUGGUAGCGGAAAUGCCCUCAUCCAAGGCGGAGGCGCCGCUCAAGCCAGCGACAAAGUUAUUCAGCACAAUGGCGCCGGCACGGUAACCAUCAAAAACUACACCAUCGUCAACGCAGGAAAGCUCUACCGCUCCUGCGGCGACUGCACCGACAACAGCAAAAAGUCGCCCCGUAAAGUCAUCGUCGAGAACGUUCGCGCCUUUGGGCUUACCUCCGAUCUCAUCGGCAUCAACUCCAACUUCGGUGACACAGCCUCCAUCAGUGGAUCGUGCGGAACGACGAAGAAGGUGUGCCAGGAGUACAAGGGUGUUAACAAGGGGAAUGGGAGUAGCAGCAAGGUCAGCUCGACGAGUGCUUGCACGGGUGCGCAGGGGAAGUUGGAGAAGCUGCCGAGCUGUUAG